AUGUUGGUGGUAAACACAAAUAAAUUUGGUGCUUAUAAGCGAGUCGAAGAGAAGAAUGAAAGUCAGCGAGUUAGUGUUAAAAUGGUAGAUAAUAAUAUUUAUAAUGUAGAGUUUGUUGAUAGUAUCCAACAAAACCAAAUGAUUGGCGAUACGCCUAACUACUGCAUUCCUUUAAAGAUUAACGCCAUAACAGUCCAGGGUAUCUCAUACAGUGACCCGUAUUUCAGUAGCUUUAACUUAAACUAUAAGAUGGCGUUUGGAGCGCCAGAGUAUAUGAACAAGUCUGAUUACGCUUUUAAAUCCUCAGUUUGUAUUAUACGAGAUGAGCCUUGCACGGAUAAGACGCGACUAAAUGAAAAGUCUGCUCAUAAAAUGAUAUGCAAAACGAAAACUCGAAUGAUUACUUAUAACGACAAACCUUUAGAAACCAACCAUGACAAUAAAGUAUUGAAAGUUGGUAACGAAACAACUCUGCCAGUAUCGAAGACAUUCGCAAAUGGCGAUUUAACGUUCGACGCUAUGUUGGAAUUACUGCGAAACGAGAGAGAAAUAAUUAUGGAUGUGGCAAAAACUGAAGAUGUAGACUCUUGGGGUGUCCCACGUCGGCUUAGACUGCAAGGUGGAGGAGAGAGCUCUUUGAAUGCUGCAAGUGGAUGGGGCAGUCCACCUACAUCAAACAAUGCUGGAAAUUGGGGUGGUAAUUCCAGUGGCCAAACCAAUAAUGGGACUAAUAAUACUCAACAAUGGAACAACACUCAACGACCACCCACUUCACAAGCUGAUAUGAACAGUAACAAGGGUAAUGGCAAUCAAAUACCACCAACCAGUGCAGCUUCACAAAAUUGGCAAACAUCCCCACCAAAUAUGCCAAACGCACAAACUAACAAUAAUGGUGCACCACAAAGUAAUGGCACGAACAAUACCGCCAAUGGUAAUAACGGUGGCAAUAAUCCUUCUAAUCCCACUGCAAACUCUAAUGGUGUAUCCUCUGGCAACGGGACUAAUGGCAAUAAUACCAACAAUACCUCAUCAGCUAAAAUAGAGCAGUUGAACUCUAUGAGAGAGGCUUUAUUCAGUCAGGACGGAUGGGGCGGACAACAUGUCAACCAAGAUACUAAUUGGGAUGUACCUGGGUCUCCUGAGCCUGGUUCUAAAGUGGAACCAUCCGCAGGGGGUCAACCCGCCUGGAAGCCGAAUAUCAAUAAUGGCGCCUUCCUGGGAACUGAUCUCUGGGAAGCAAAUCUGAGGAAUGGAGGCCAGCCUCCACCGCAGCCUGCAACUAAGACACCAUGGGGCCACACUCCUACUACUAAUAUAGGUGGAACCUGGGGUGAAGAUGAUGAUGCUGCUGACUCAGCUAAUGUAUGGACUGGAGCCCCGCCUCCGCAGCAAUGGCCUGCUGGACCUCCCCAGCAUACUCAACAAUGGGGAGGUGUACCAAAGAAAGAUGACUGGAAUGCCUGGGGAGAGCCACACAGGCCUGCUGACCCCAGACUUGACCCACACCGUACUCCCGAUCCAAGGCAACAACCCAACGACCCGCGUCACGAUCUUCGUGGGGGAAUAUCUGGUCGUCUUAAUGGAGAUAUGUGGAGUCAGCACCACCAACAUCCUGGUGGCCCUAAUAAGAUGAUGCCUACUGGAGCUGUCAACCAAUGGGGUGCUCAGGGUCCAAAAGAGACAAUUAAAGCUGCAGGUUGGGAGGAGCCCUCUCCACCUGCGGCGCGUCGGGCCGGCACUGGCUUCGACGAUGGCACCUCGCUAUGGGCACAGAGGGGUGGUAUGGGUGGCAUGGCCCGCCCUCAAGGCCCUCCCGCUCCACAACGCAUAGCACCUGCGCCUACUAAGCCAGACGCGGUAUGGGGAGCUCACUCACAAAGGAAUGGGUCGUGGGAGGAACCCCACGCGGGUUGGGGAGAGCGUGACGUCAGCGGGUGGCCUGAUGUCACCGGCCCCACGCUGUGGCCCGUGCCCAAGAAAGCCCCGACUGCUGCAUGGCCUGAUGAUAUCGGAGAGUGGGGUGGCCCUAAACCACCGCAAAGUGGAUCCAUAGGCAAGCAGCUGCCUAAGGAAAUGGUGUGGAACAGUAAACAAUUUAGAUAUCUCGUCGACAUGGGCUUUAAGAAGGAAGAAGCAGAAGCGGCUCUUCGCAGUCGGGAUAUGAAUGCUGAAGAGGCUUUAGAAAUGUUAACGGCUACUCGUGGAGACGGGUGGCGUCGUGACGAGCACUUCCAUCAUGGCCCCUUCCAGCCACAGCCUACGGUGCCUGUGUCCCCUGCUGUGGUUCAGAAACUCCUAAACCAACCACCUCCUCCGUCUGUACAGCAUCAUCCUUCAUAUAAUCCUAAUAGCGGUACAGGCAGCAGCGGUCAACCAAGCACAGCUCAACUGCGCAUGUUAGUCCAGCAAAUCCAAAUGGCAGUGUCGGCUGGGUAUCUCAACCACCAGAUCUUGAACCAGCCCUUGGCGCCACAGACGCUGGUGCUACUUAAUCAAUUGUUACAACAGAUCAAAGUGCUGCAGCAGUUCGUACAACAGCACACUCUGGCCAUAUCGAAGGGUAACUCGUCCCUCGCAUUGCAAUAUUCUAUGCAAAUUAGCAAGGCUAAGCAACAAAUUGCGUCCCUUCAGAACCAAAUAACUACUCAACAAGCUCUCUACAUGAAGCAACAAGCGGGUGGCUCGGACCUGUUCAAACAAAGUCAUGAUCCACUUGCAGGACUGCCAAACAACUUUAAUGAAAUGAGCCUCAACAAAGAUACGCAGUCUGGUUAUAGUGCGACCGGCAAUCAAACGUCCCGUCUGACUCAGUGGAAGCUGCCCUCUCUGGACAAGGACGGUGAAGGUACGGACUUCAGUCGCGCUCCCGGCACCGCUAAGUCCACUACUAGCCCUCAACUGAACCAAAUUGGCUUACAACCUGACACUACAUGGGGUGUGGGUCGCAACGAGGGGUGGGGCGACAGCGGCGCGGACGUGGCGGACGGCAAGGACGCCUGGCCCUCGCACCCCGCGCACCAGCCGGUGUACGACUUGGUGCCUGAGUUCGAGCCCGGCAAGCCCUGGAAGGGCAAUCAAAUGAAGAAUGUUGAAGACGACCCAGCUAUGACUCCCGGUUCCGUGGUACGAUCUCCAUUGUCGCUCACUGCUAUAAAAGACACUGAUAUGCUUGGAGGCAAGACUUCACCUCCCGGAGGGGAGCGUAGCCUCUCCUCCUCGACCUGGAGCUACGCCCCUCCACCGGCGACCAGCGCCGGAGGCCUAAAGCCAGUAGAUGCAUGGGGGGCGAAGCCUCGCCCCACGCCACCAGGACUUAACAAGUGGCCCCAACACCACGUCAACUCUCGUGCCGUGCCUUCUUGGCAAGCAUCUACUUGGCUGCUAUUGAAGAACCUCACUGCUCAGAUCGACGGGUCCACACUGAAGACGCUGUGCGUGCAGCACGGCCCGCUGCAGAACUUCCACCUCUACCUCAACCAGGGGCUGGCGCUCGCGCGCUACUCCACACGUGAGGAGGCCGCUAAGGCUCAAAUGGCGUUGAACAACUGUGUGCUGAGCAACACAACGAUCUUCGCGGAGUCGCCCGCCGAGUCCGAGGUGCAGAUGAUCCUGCAGCACCUCGGCUCUGGAGGCGGCGGCGCGUGGCGAGGGGGUGGCGCAAAGGACGGCUGGGGCGGCGGCUUCCCCGGGCUGUGGCCGGAGCAGCACGAGCAGCGCGCCACGCCGUCGUCGCUGAACUCGUUCCUGCCCCCGGACCUGCUCGGCGGCGAGUCCAUC